AUGAAAAAACUGGAGGAGCUUUGGUACGAAGGAGGCACCCUUGGUCCCACGCUUUCAAGCGGUCUCCUGGAAUUCCAGAGCAACGCCUUGAAAUUGGUAGACCUCCGGAACAACGGCAUUUCCAGACUGGCGCCUGGAGCCAUCGCAGGUCUCCGACCUGAUACGACGGUCCAUCUCAACGAAAACAAAAUCACUGUGUUGUCAGAAGGGAGCUUCCGCCCGAUGUUAGACAUCCUCUCUAUGGGAGAUGGAGUCCUUGAUCUGAGCGGCAACCCCAUCCUGUGUGAUUGUGAAAUGUCGUGGCUAGUGCUCGGCCGGAAAUUCCUAAAGUACGUUUCUGGGAAGUGCCAUAAUGGAACGGAAUUCAAGGACUUGGAUUCGGGCUUCUUUCAUGCCUGUCCUCGGGAAUGUCCGUACCAUUGCAUCAACAGCUUAUGGCUAUCUCUCUGCACGCCGGGGACUGUGAUUCUUUCACAUGUGGACGACUGUCGAUCUGGAGAACUGUGCUGCCAGCCACACCUUCCGAAAACCACUACAAUGACAUCAUCAUCAAUACCAGAUGUCUUUGUGUGCGGGAGAAAGAAUUACCAAGUGACAUUGUCCAAAGGAGGGAAGCCUUCGCAGAUAGGAGAAUGGCCAUGGGAGACAGCCAUUUAUGACGUUCAUGCACAAGAUAUCGUCUGUGGAGGGGCCCUCAUUCGAGAGGAAUGGGUGCUCACAGCGGCCCAUUGUGUCACGAUUCAUGGUACCGAUAGACCUCGGAAGCAGGAAGAUCUACUGGUUUACCUUGGGAAACACCAUCGAGCUCAUGUUAAAGAUGAUGAAUACGUGCAGAUCAGACAGGUGUCUCACAUCUUCCACCAUAAGGAUUACAGCAUACAAAACUACGACUCAGAUAUUGCUCUUCUGAAAUUAACAAAGCCUUCCGUGCUGACUGAGCGUGUGCAGUUGAUAUGUCUCCCGACCAAAUUUGAUGUUUCUGACGAAAAUCUCCAGGAUGGAAUGCAAGGAUGGGUUGCCGGUUGGGGCUAUAACGGUUCGAAUCUUCUUACGGCUGUCCUGACCGAGGUUCAGCUCCCGGUGAUAUCCAACCGCUUGUGUCGUCGGGACACCACACACUUCACAGGGGACUUCAGCGCCACUCGUACCCUCACCUCGAACAUGUUCUGCGCUGGUCAUUCUAGAAACACUUCCAUUGAAGAUUACCGAACGGUGUGUCCUGGGGACUCGGGAAGUCCAAUGGUCUUCCUCUCCAUUGCCUCACAGGACAGUUAUUGGACGGUGGAAGGAAUCGUGAGUCACUUUUUCCAGAAAGAGACUUGUUCUUUGAGGCGCCCUGGACAGUAUGGAGUUUUCACUAGAGUUAAUAGGUUCACCCGAUGGAUCGACGAGGUUUUAGAAGGCUUCUGAUGCGGAAGAACUGACGGAACUAAAUGCCAUCUUUUCUAUUAAGAAACGGUCAGGAUGUAAUGCAAAUUGCAGGAGUUGUUACAAAAUGCGUGGC